AGCAGAAACACCCCUUCACUAACACUCACGCGGUUGCCAUGGACCUGCACAAGCAGUGGGGGAACCCAGAGACUGACUGGCACAAGGAGAAGAUGGAGUUACUGGACCAGUUUGACAAUGAAAGGCGGGAAUGGGAAACCCAAUGGAAGAUCAUGCAGAAGAAGAUAGAGGAGCUUUGCCAUGAAGUAAAGCUUCGGAGGAAAAUUAACAUGAGUGAACGUGCUAAAGUCAUUGAUCUUGAUCGUGAGAAGACCAUUCAAGAUAAAGUGGUAGAAUCUUCUCGAACUUACCCCAGUAGAGGACCACAAGAAUUUACAGGGAUGAAUCACAGGAAUGACCUGGAAAAAGAAAAUAAAACAGAGAAGAGCUUAAUCAGUGAAGGAAAUCAAAUGUGUAAGGAACAAAAAGCAACUAAAAAAUCAAAGGUAGCGUUUAUGGAUCCUUUGGCCACAGACGACCAAAAGGAAGGUGAGGCCUGGCUUGACCCGAGGACUUCUGAGGGAGCGGGCCAGGGCUGUUCUGGCGCCCUCAACACAGCUCUUGAAGAACUUGCCAAAGUCAGUGAAGAAUUAUGCAGCUUUCAAGAGGAAAUUCGAAAGUGCUCUAACCACAGAAGGAUGAAGUCAGAUUCUUUUCUCCAGGAAAUGCCAAAUGCAAUUAGGGCACAGGAAAUGUGGCCUCAUGGAGACCACAGGAUCAACAAUGGCCAGUGCAUUCUUCCAACAAAUUUAGAGAGAGAAAAGCAAAAAAACAGAAGGAAUCUGAGCUAUGCUGAUAUGCUUCAAAGGAAUUCUUUGAAAAAAUGUGGAAUUGAUACAAUUGAUCUGCAAAAUAAUGAAACUCCACCAGUGCCUCCUCCAAGAAGCACAUCGAGGAAUUUUCCCAGCUCAUACCAUGAACGAGCCCUUGAAAGUCUGCAGGAAAGUUUAAAUCUCAACAGCCAGGUGGUCCAAGAGGGUCCAGGUGAAAGGAACUGCAGUCCUCACGUCCUUCUGGGGCAUGAUGAGAUGCCUACGCUGUGUCUGAAUGAAGGGAAAACUUUGAAAAAUGGUACCAUGUUUUCUUCUUUGGCACCAGAAGCCGAAAUAGAAAACAAGCAUCCACGUAAAGAAAAUGUUGGAUUAAGCAUGAGGGAAUGCAAUGCUGUGAUAGGCACAAAAAAUAGCCCCUCUACCCUGUGGUUUCAGAAAACCUGCUCUAUUCCUGAUAAGUUGAAAUAUGAAAAGAUGGUCCCAGCUCACCCUGCUAAAUCUCAUUCUGACCUUCAUGGAAGCAAUGACUAUAGCUCCUCGGGGACACAGAGCAGUGGCCCACUUAGAAGUUUCAGUUAUGGCUUUGAAAGGACUACUAGGAAUGAAAAGCUGGCAGCAAAGACUGAUGAAUUUAACAGAACUGUAUUUAGAACAGAUAGAAAUUGUCGUGCAAUACAGCAAAAUCAAAGCUACUCAGAAUCAUCUCAAGAUCUUAAGCCUUAUGAUACCUUAAUUACUCGUAUAGACAAUGUACCAGAAAAUGACAGUGUGUCUGAUACUCUGCAAACCAGUACCCACAUGCCUGUGCCUAGAGAAAAUGUGCCUGAUAAUCCCACCGGUAAAUCCACAACAGGCCUAGUGAGGCAAAUUCAGGAACACCUAAGUCCUAGCAGUUAUCGGAAUAUGCUCCACGAGCAUGACUGGAGACCCAGUAAUUUGUCUGGCCGACCAAGAUCAGCAGAUCCUAGGUCAAAUUACGGUGUUGUGGAAAAGCUGCUGAAAACCUAUGAGACAUCUACAGGGUCUGCACCGCAAAAUUCUACAUGCUUCAAGGAUGACUGGCCCCAAUGUAAUUCUGAUGUCAGUGUUGGGGCCACACUGGAUCGCCAUUUAAGGAUAAUCCAAACAGAACAAGAGCUUCGAGGAAAAACAGCUAUGUGUGGGGCACAGCAAGCGAAGCAAGGAAUAGAUUGGAAAAAGGUAACAGAGGAAUCCACGGCAGUGAAAUCUUCACAUGGAAAAGGAUUUUCCCGACCCGCUAGACCAGCGAAUCGCCGUCUCCCAUCCCGAUGGGCAUCGAGAUCUCCAUCGGCGCCUCCAGCCUUGCGGAGCACUGCCCACUGCUCUACUAUUUCUCUGCGAUCUGAGGCAUCACUGGUCUGAGUCUCUGGCCUGGAUUGCUAGAUUUCAAAAAUCCCAACUGUCAAACAGAGCAUUCUGAGUGUUUACAGGCUAUCCUGUCUCUUCUGUGUCUUUCAAGAUCAGUGGGACAAGCAAUUGAAAUCUUAACUUCCCAUCAGUCUUCAGUGUUUUUAACUUAUGGAAUAUUUAUCUUCCUGUCUGUUGAUUUCUUAGACUUUUUAAUGCCAUCCUCAUUAAUUUGCCAAUAUGAUUUAAGUUGAAACACUGUAUUAUAUUGUAUAUUCCAACUUUCUUGCAAGUGUCAGAAAGCAAGGUUAUGUGCAUGGCCACGUGUUUGCAGGUGCAUGUGUUGAAGUAGGAAGUAUCCUAGUAUGUAUUUAGAUAAGAAAACUUUGUGCUAGUGUUGACUUCGAAAUUAUAACACGUACACCUAUAUACUCUUUGUGUUUACUUUAAAUUUUCAAAAAUAUACAGUACUCUUUAUAUUUUGUAUACCUUUUCAUAGGUAUCCACUUAAAGCAUCUGAGGUACAUAUAUUAACUAACCACUUUCUUGGCCCCAACUACAUUGAAAAAAUAAGAGUUAUACACAUGUCUAACGUUGGUAGAUUCCUAUAUACAACUUAUAAUUUCUUAACCCAUAUAAGGAUAAUACCAUUGGUCUCCUAUUUUACUCUUUUAAAUAAAUAAAACUGUCACAGGUGUAACAGAUCACCCUUUUGAAGCAAACAUAAAAUGUGCACGAAAGCUUUUAUACAUCAUUUGGUAGUCUAUUAUGGCUUUAAAUACAUACUUGGUCCUCAGAGCCAGAAUCCUGAGACUGCCUUAUAAACAACGUGACUUAAAAAUUAAUUUAUUUUGUCAAAUCCAGUUACAAACAUUCUUUAAAUGGGAUAUAAAAAGAAAAUUAUGUUGAAUUCUAUUUUUUGUUAUAAUGUAAGUUUUAGUUCAGCUACUUUAUUUGGAGUCAGACAUAUUUAGAGGUAAGUCAUUUCCUUUUUUCUUUUUCUAAAAUCAGUAGAUAAAAGAAUAAUUUACUUAUUUGCAAACAAGGAAAAUGAAGAAUGAUGUUUCUUAUGUGUUUCUUUAAGCGUGCUACAUGAAAAAAAAAGCCUUAAACUAAACUCUGGUACCCAAGAGUAGUGUAAGGGGCAGAAACAUGUAUUUUGGCCAGAAUUUGCAAACAGCGAACACAUAAAAUCUACAGUGAGAACCAACAGAAAUGUGAAUGUUGAGGUACUUGGAAUCUCUUAGAAACAAUUCUGCUCUCCAUUGUCUCUGUAUAAAACUGACUAUGUUAUUAAGAUAUUAAGUUUAUUUAAGCUUUGCCUUUACUACCAAAACGGUUAAGAAAUUCUUAUGACAAAAGUGUCCAAAGAGCCUUCUCUGCAUAAUAUACUCUAACAAUUUAUAGAAGUUCACUUCAUAAUACACCCAGUAAAUAAUUUCCAAAUCCCAGACUGCCUUAACAGGCUCAAGACUGUUGCAUGGCAGUGGACAGAUUUACGCUUUUCAAUGAGGGAGUGUCCAGGAGUUGAACUGAAUUAAACUAGAAUGUGAGGUUGGAGCAGAUGGUAAGUAAGGGCUGUUGAUCUACUUUUUUAAUUCUUGUUUCUUUCAGGAAUAUCCUUUUCCAUAGGAAACCUAUCAAAGAAAAGUAACCUAGACACCAAAUGAUGUCAUUAAUAUAAUAUGCAUUGCACCUAGAAGGGAGAAAACACUAGGGAGGUGGUAGCCUGUGGCAUAAAAUGAUGGACAUGUUAGAAAGAUGCUGGUGUGUAAUGUUGGAGAGCCUGCCCAAGACCUGUGUGACAUACCUGUUCCUCUACAUCACUGUGUCCCUGCUAGCUGAUGGGGAUCAGUGGUUAUGACCUUUAACUACAAGUCAGAAUGUUGAGGAUCUCUUUUACAAAAUUAGAUUACUAACCUCAUCCCAUGAUUACUAAAGAUUUUCCAGUGGUGGAGAGUAAGAAUAUGGAAUAUUUAAUAAAACAAAACAAAAAGCAAAACAUUUGAUGAUUAGGAAGAUGUGGAAGAAGUGGCAUUGAUACCCAAGUGGCUGGGUGUCACUGGGUAAUCGCAUUACUUCCCUGGGACUUGCCUUGGUGAUCUGUAAAUUCAGAGGGUUAUCAAUCAGUCUCAAUAGUUUUAAGCCACGUUUCCUAUUACCAACUGAUUUAAAAAGUGGGACACAUUUAACAUCUUAUGUUGACUAAAAUCAUAGAACUUUAGAGCUAAAAAAAAAGCAUCUAGUCAAAUUCCUUGAUUAUAAAGAUGAAAACACUAAAACAAAGACCAUAUGAAUGUUCUAUCUUAGCGUAUUUUAUAAGUUUAUAUGAAAAAUCUAUCAAUUGAAUGAAAAUGACCUUUGAAAAAUAUUUUUUGAUGUGUUGGGAUUUUUAACCAGUACUUUUCUAUUUUGGAUGGGCAUUUUCUUCCCAACAACAUAACCUUCAUUAUGGCGUCACUGCUGGAUUUCAGGAAUUUAUAAACAUUUUAGAAAUAUUUAAUGAGAAACACUUGUGUUAUCAAAGUUUUCUCUAGCAGACUUUUGCAGGGAAAAUCUUAUGUUAUUUCAAGUGAAGAUUAAUAAUACUAUGAAUUAGAAAGGAAUACAGUGCAGCAGAGAAGAAUGAUUGGGUUUCUGUGUGUGUGUUUGGGCAUGGGUGUGCAAGUGCACAACAUUUGCACAGGAUCUCUAUAUGGCCUUAUGUCAAAGCCAAAUGUAAAAAUAUAAAUUAUGUUUGCAUAAUUCACUUGAACAAAAAUUAUCCAUAACUUUCAUUUGUUUUUGCAUAGACAAUGAAGAUGACCAGAUUAUCAUGCACAAAACAUGAUUUUCUUCUACAUAGAGGAUGUAGCCAGACCCCAUGUCAUCCCGAGAAAACAUCUAGAACUGAGAAAAAAGAGAAUCUGAAUCCCUACAAAGAUUUUAAAAAUUAUUUUAGGCACAUUUGUGACAAAACCACUGUUUAAUAUCUUCUUCAGUCAUUGGAAGCUACCAAAUAAAAUAGGCAUGGAAACACUUGCUAUGGCAUCUGAAAACAGUGAGAAUAUUUUUAUUUUCCUCCUUUUCUACACUGGUCUUCAGGAAAGCUGAAAGUUUUUAUGAAGUCUAAACUCAAAAUGUGCACAUUUCAACCUGGCUUCAUCUAAAAUACAUUUUUAUUUCAAUCUUUGCAAGAUAUUUUGUGUUAUAAUUAACUCAGUACUUUUACUGAGUUAAUUCUUUGAGUUAAUAAUAUCUGGAGUGAAAUAGUUAAUCUUCAAUGAAAGCCAGAGGGCUAUUUACAGUAUUUUUUAAAAAGGAAAUUACAUAUCGGAGUGAAAGGGGACAAUAGUCUCUACAUAUUAAUACUCUCAAAAGGUAGAUCACUGGUUCUUAUAAGUUCUCCCUAGGAAAUUCCAGGAGAGAGAAGCUGAAACCAGGAAUGUUACCCAUUAAAAAGGAAGCUGGUGGUUGUGGAACCCAGGGAAUCAAAGCUAAGUGAAUUUAACUCAGCAAAAACAAGCGCUAGACUUUCUCAGGCAAAUCAAAGGCCUUGGAAAAGCACAAUAUCAAGGACUCCAGGGUUCACCGUGCUCAGAACUUAGGCAGGUGGUCAUCCUCAAAAAGCUUCUUCAUAAAGCAGCUGAGACCAGACACUUGAUCCAGGAUCCAAGAGAGUAAGAAUGAAAUGUUCUGGGAAAUCAGCAAAAGCAAGAUACUAGCUCUAGAAGCCCAGUCCUGGGAACUAGCAUGAAAGGAAAUUGAGAGAUACAGCUAGAGGUAGGGAGGGAAAUUUUUAUCUGAAAUAAAAAUGGAGAGGUCUUCACUGGCACACGGGAUCAUUACUGAAGUUGGGAGCAAAGAAGAGUAGGUUAGCAAGUGAAAGACCCAUUUUUAGGCAUAGAAGUGAAAUCACCACAAAGCUGAAAUAUGUGGAGGGUCAGUGUAGCUUGAGCUCUCACUGGGAUAUCUUUAGGAACUAGAAUUGAUAGGAGGCCAUCAGAGGACCUCAUUUUGAAGAAUUUAAAAAGACAGGCCAAGAUGAGGAACUGCAGACUGAUACUCUUCAACUUCUGUUGUCAGUUUCUUGUGACUAUUGCCAGAAUCUUAAAUUUUAUCUAGAUAAUGGAAUAAAUAUAAUAAACCAUCUACACCUUCAUAUGAUAGACCAUAAGAGCAAAAUUACGCCCUAGACAUUGAAAGUGGUAUUUUCCCCAAUAAAAAAUAAAAAAUGCUCACGUAAUCAAAUAGUCUAUUUUCCGAAUAACCUAGAAUAUCACACAGAAUUGUAUGUAUGAAGUGGGUAAGCAUAAAGAAAACUUAAAUUGCAUCUAAGAAUAAAAUAGUGUCAAAGAAAAAGAAAUGAAAUGUGAUUAUAACUAAAGGAGAUGAGACUUAACUCCUCUGAGCUCUGUCUGCAUGAAAAAGAAAUGGAAUGCCUGGGGUGGAGGAACAGGUACCCCAAGAACAAGAAUACCCAGUGUUGAUCCAUUGUUGUCUAAUGGAAAAGAGUAGGAGCUGAGAACAUGACAUGUCUGGACACAGGAGUGUUCCGUUCUGUCGUGAGAGCCAGAGGUUCCCGCAGACUGCUCUGUGUCACACAGGUGGCCCUCAUUCAAUCGGCUCACUUUUCCACACUCAGUCAAUCUUAUGGUCUCAAAUUAACUACCUAAGUAUUUACAGAGAGUAUGAAAACAUCUAGAUCAGUGUUUCUUCAAUGUUUCUGGAACAUUCUCUAACAGCUGAGAAAAUAAAUACUAUCCAAAAGUCUUUAA